CCAAUUUCAGAAUAUUAAUAUCAUCAAGCUAGGAAAAAGAAACCGGAAUUAAAUAUAUAAAAAUGAGAUCGAUCUACAUGGCGCUCAUUUUAUCUUGUUUAUGUGCUUUGAUAACCGCGCAGAACCCCAUCUGUGGCAUAAAGGCCUCUUUUGUGGGAAAGUGCAAGGGUUUCGCCUACAUACCGAGGAAGCAUAGGUGUGUAAGGAUAACUGGUGACUGCUCCGGAAGGGGUAACUUCUUCAAACGAUUGGAGGACUGCAAAGCCAAUUGUAUAGAUAUUUGAAGAUCAUAGAAAAGGGUAACAGGACGUACAGUUUGGACAAAUUACAUCUUGAAUUUGAUAAAACUGAAUACCAAUACAUAACGUAUUUCACUCCUCGAUGGCCAAGUGGCACACCCCAAACUGAGCCAUAAACUGCAAACAAUUUGCAUAAUAAAUUCGAAUGUCAGGGCCAUGUCCAAUAGGUCCAUUUUCCAUUA